CCCUCUGGCCACAAAAAUCACUAACACUAUUGGCCUUGAUAAAAGAGUAAACAUGAACCAUAGCGGUGUGAUCUGAAGCAACUUCACUGCACACCAUAAGGGAUUCAACCAUCUACUCCUAUUCUUCACUCUCUCUGUGUGGUGUAAUUUAUUAUCAGUAGGGACAUCCACUAGUUGUUACCCAAAGCAUCAUUGAUCCUCAAUUAUGUUCGGUUUUGUUCGCAUAUCGCACUAUGCAAUAUGAUUCAUGAAAGACUCGAAUUUCCUUCUUGCUUGUGUCAUUCUUCUGAAUACUCAAUUCAUUCAAGGGCAAAGGAACUUCAGUUUUCGGUAGACUUCCAUGGGGAAGUAACAAUCACUUCAUAAUGGAAAUAAGUAUUGCAAGGCCUCAUCUUGAAACACGGGGAGUAUUCUUUUCAAAUAUUUCAAGAACAAUAGCAUGGGAAAGCUCUAAGAAACCUCCAUGUACUGUGGCUGCCUUAAGUUCUACACAGGACUUUCACAGACUGGCCUCUUCCUGUCAAGCUUUUACUUCGGUGUAUCCUAAAAGGCAUUUAAUCUGUAGACCAAACUCUAUGCCGAUUAGUUUACAGGAAUCUGCAUCCUAUGGAGAUAAUUCGCUUGAAGGUGAGAAUCCAUCUAUAGACUCAGAAGAGGAGACUUUGGCACAACCACCUACCCGUGAACAGAUAAUGGCACUGCUUACUGACGCACAAAGAGAACAACUCACUAAGAAGCUUAGUGAAGCCAACCAGCAAAAUCGGUUUCUAAAAAGACAGUUGAAAGUAAAGGAGGAUGCAUUGGUAAAAUUCAAAAGUGAACUUGGAGUCAUGGAGCUUGAAAUUCAGGCUUUAGCUAGACUAGCAGAAGAAAUAGCUCAAUGCGGUAUUCCAGAAGGUUCAAGGAAGAUCAAUGGAAAGUACAUUCAUUCUCACCUUGUUACUAGAUUAGAAGCUGUACAUGAAAAACUGAAGGAACAAAUAAAGGAUGUCGAUGCCGCACAAUCAAAGGAGGUUUCCGUGUUUUGGAUUGGCAUGGCUGAGAGCGUGCAAGUUAUGGGAACCUUUGAUGGCUGGAGCCAAGGAGAGCAUCUUUCACCAGAAUAUAAUGGUUCUUACACAAAGUUUUCAACAACAAUGUUGCUCAGGCCAGGAAGGUAUGAAAUCAAAUUCUUAGUAGAUGGUGAAUGGCAGCUGUCCCCAGAAUUCCCCAUUAUUGGUGAAGGGUUGACAAAAAAUAAUUUGUUAGUUGUUGAGUAAUAAUCCAUAUUUUCAUUUAUAGUAAUAGAAUACGCAUAAACUGGAGUGUUAUUUUGUCUAAGUUAUUUAAAUUUUCGUUGUUAUAAAUACCCACCAACACUUUUGACUGUCGGAAAGUGUAUCACUUUCCUUAUAUUAAAUUUUAACUAAUUUUAAAAUUUUAAGUUGCAAUUCUAACUCA